ACCUACGCGACGGGACGGUCGAGCAUGGAGGUCUCGUUGCAGGUUGCCAAAGCGCCCGCUGCGGGCGAGGCGGCGAAGCCGGAGGAUGUGUUGAUUACGUGCGCGUUCACGAUGGUCUCGCUGGAUCCGGCCACGAAGAAACCGGUAGCCAUCGCCCCCCUCCUCGUCGAAACGCCCGAAGAGCGCCUACUCUUCCAGAAAGGCGAGGAGAAUUACCGCGCCAAGAAAGCCCUGCGGACACGCAGUCUUCUGGAGAAAGCUCCCAACGAGCGCGAGAGUGACUUGAUUCAUUCGAUGUGGACCAAGGGGAUGUCUUAUUCGAACCCCGAAUCCCCCGCCCAACGCCCCCCGAACACCAUCGCCAUGGCCUCCUCCGUCCUAAAAUCCGCCAUGAUUAUGCAACCCCAAGACCGAAACCGCCACAACUUCAUGAUCUUCGGCGGCUUUUUGCUGAAAGAAACCUUCGAGCUGGCCUUCUGUUGCGCCGCCUCCUUCAGCCACAGCCGUCCCAACUUCAUCUCCCUUGAUCCGAGCACGUUUGAGAAUUCCGUGCCGGUGGGAAGUGUGUUGUAUUUGCGGGCUACCGUUGCGUUUACGGAGCCGUAUUCUGAGGGUGGUUCGGAUGGUGGCAGUGGCAGUGGGGGCAGUGGCAGCACCUCAUACACCAAAGUCCGCGUGCGCGUCGACACGCAGGUUCGGGACGUCGAGCACGGGACUAAAAAACCCGCCGGGAUGUUCAACUACACCUUCCUCGUGGAGGGGGAUGUUCAGGUGAUGCCGCAGACGUAUGGGGAGUUUAUGGUGUGGACGGAUGCGCGCCGGCGCUCGGAGAAUGCAGCGGCGAUGGCGGCGGCGGCCGGGGGGGUGAAGGAGCCGAGUGCGUUGCGGGGGUUGAAGGAUAGUGUGACGGAGUAGGUUUGGUGCUUGGUGCUUUUGGUGGAUGAACUGUAUCAUAUAUUCCGGUAGUAGUGAGAUUCCCCCUUCUCUGAGUAUCGUAUCAACUACUUAUUCCAUAGUAUGUGCCUGGUCUGGCAGUGAUUGUUUUCUGGCUCUCAUGGAGGGACAA